AUGCGCGCCGCUGCAGCUGCGGCAGGGGCGGACGAAGCGUACCACCUGGGGCUCGACUUUGGAACAUCUGGCGCACGCGUCACCGUGAUUGAUGGAUCUGGGGAGGUCGUCACAGAGGCCAAGAGCGGAUACGGCGCAGAUGCCGCGGCAGACUGGGCUGCUGCAUGGGAAAGGGUCCUGUUUGGGCUGCUGGCGUCCCUGCCGGAAGCGGCCCGCGGCCGCGUGGCGUCGCUGGCGAUCGACGGCACCAGCGCAACCGCCUUGCUGCUGGACGCCGCCAGCGGGGACGUGCUGGCGGCGCCCAAGCUGUACAACGAGGCACAGGGGCCAGACGCAGUGGCCGCCGCCAAGACCGUCGCGCCGCCGGCGCACACCGCCGCUGCGGCGACCUCCACGCUCGCCAAGCUGCUGACCUGGCACCUGGGGGGCGCGUGGCAGGCCGCCGCGGCGCGCGGCACGGCGCCGGCGCUGCUGCACCAGGCGGACUGGCUGGCGUCGCUGCUGCACGGGCGGCGGGACACCAGCGAUUGGAACAACGCCCUCAAAUUGGGCUACGAUCCUGGGCUAGAGGCGUACCCAGACUGGCUGCUGUCGCAGGCACGCCGGGGCGGCGGGGAGGCUGCAUGGCCGGCAGGCCGGCCGGCUGGGAGGUUGGGGCGGCGGGGCGGGCCGGCGGCUGGCGCGAAUGGUGGGCGCGCCGGCGCCAGCGACGCCAUCGUCUGCGGCGGCACCACCGACAGUAUCGCUGCUUUUGUCGCCGCCGGCGUCACUGAGGUGGGGCAGGCCGUGACGAGUCUGGGGUCGACGAUGGCCGUGAAGCUGCUAAGCAGCUGCCGGGUAGAUGACUCGGCUUAUGGCAUCUACAGCCACAGACUGGGCGGCAGCUGGCUGGUCGGCGGCGCCAGCAACACCGGCGGCGCCGUGCUGCGCCAGUUUUUCACCGACGCACAGCUGGCAGAGCUCACAGCGCGCAUUGAGGUCGCCAGGCCAUCUGGCCUGGACUACUACCCGCUGGUAACCCCCGGGGAGCGGUUUCCCGUCAACGACCCGGGGCUGCGGCCGCGCCUGGAGCCGCGGCCGGAGGACGAUGCGGUCUUCUUGCAAGGCAUACUGGAGAGUAUGGCGCGCAUCGAGGGCGAGGCGUACGCGCAGCUGCGGCGGCUGGGGGCCAGCCCCCUCACGGAGGUCGUCACCGCCGGCGGCGGCGCGGUCAAUGCCAAGUGGACGGCGAUGCGGGCGGCGGCGCUGGGCGUGCCGGUGCGGCGGGCGGCGCAGGGGGAGGCGUCGUACGGCGCGGCGCUGCUUGCCAGGCAGGGGUGGCGGCAGCACCUGGCGCAGCGGCGGGAGGCGCUGCUUACAGAUGGGUAA